CAUUGACCAACACGCACACACGCACACACGGACAGGUGUCUGUCCACACACACACAGAAGAUGGAUGGAUGGAUGCCACAGGCAGGCAGGCAGGCAGACAUAUAGACAGUGACGGCCCUUCCUUCCACCAUGCGGAUGCACGGACAGACAAUCUGAUCGAUAUCCACAAACGCUUGCUGGCCAGCUGGCUAGCUCUGAUCUCUCGCUCCGUCGCUUGCUCGCCCCAACGCUCCUCCCACUCUCUCUGGCGACAGACGGCCACACACGACAGCACAACCCACCUACAUACAUCUUGUGUUGGCCUGCCUGCCUGCCUGACUGCUUACUUGGUUGUUUAUUGGUGUGUGCUGUCCUCCUUGCCUCCGCCAUUGUCCUCUACCGCCAUUGGCGCAUCCUCUGCGACAAUCCAUCCACACAACCGGAGGUAGAGAGGGAGGGAGGGAGUUUGUCGAAUGCCGAUUGCAGACAGACACGUGGAUGGAUGGAUGGAUGGAUGCUCAUACAGCUCAUGUAAGGUACGUACCAGUGUUGGCGAUGGCAGGGGCAUCGUCGUCGUUUUCUGUGUCCGCGUCAUGGCUCGUGCUGCCGUCGUCAUGUGUGGACACAUCACCGCCACCCUCCUUCCCCUCCUCGCUACCGCUCGAGCUGCUCGUGUCGUCGUCGUCGUAUUCUAGCCCCGCCACCAGAUACAUCCACCGGGGGAAAACUGCACACACAGACACAUGGGUCCAUGUUGCAACACGUUUCGUGCCCUCCUGUCUGUCGAUUCAUUCCUGGGUGCGUACAUGCGGCCGACUGAGGGUACAUUUGCGAGAACCGAAGCUCGUCAUCCGCAACAGACGCCCUCGGCUCUGUCGUGACCGCCAGCACGUUCACUGCACACACACACACAGACACACGGAGACAGACAGGCAGAGCCCGAAAUAGGCCAUAGACACACCCGCCAAUGAACCCACCCGCCCACCGACGCACCUUGGUCUUCGCGAGGGCCUUCCCUGACGCCGUAGACUGUGGCGAAGGGGUGGUCGAGCGGCGUGAGCACCGCAUACCGAUGGUGCACACCGGCGGGGUACUCUAUCGCCAUCACGGCCGAGGCGCCCGCGACAUUGCCGACAAACGGACGGUGCACUGACCGGUCGAGCCGGGCCAUCACGCCAGCAUCUAUCUUAUGUCUGCAGCCACCCACCCAGCCAAUCACGCACAUGACCAAGGCAGAGAUUUCAUCAUGUGGCACUCCCUCCCUCCCUCCCUCCCUCUUUCACCCACCGACUGACCGUUGUGUAUCGAUAGAGGUGUGCGAGCCAUACAUUCGCGCCGAGAUGGUGUGCAUGAGGUAGGACGAGAAGGACGCCUCGACCAUGUCGUCGUCCCGCACAUGGUCUUGACCGUCGCCGUAGACGCUGAUGCGGUGGGCCACGAUGGGGUUGUGCGGGUCGGUGUGCUGCUGGAACCGGUGGUCGGCGGGGAGGGGCGGGGAGAGGCGGAUCUGGAAGGCCUCCUCGUCCUUGAUGGCGCGCAUACCGCCAUGGCCGUCGUCGAAGAGCUCGAACCGGCCCAACUCGCCAAAGUCGACCUGCCUGCCCACCAUCUUCCACAGCGCCACCACACGGGGCUCCGCCAGAAACGCCUGUACACACGUGACCAAUCAAUAACCAUCCAGCCACACGUGUGCAUUCAUUGCCUGGACCGCCUUGAUCAGGUACCUACCUGCUUGGUGCGAUGCCUCUGGAGGUCCUCCCGCGUGAUGAUGGCCGGCAGCUGGCAGAACCUGCACUGGCUGGCGAAUCGCAGGGCGUCUGCCGCCUCGUCCCACCGCUGGUGCUCCACCAGCCACAGGCACUUGAGCUCCUCGGCAGCUUCCAGGCCGCUGUGGGGGUCACCGAACGACACCACAGUGUCCAGCCGUGUGCCGUCGUCGAGGCGCUUGGCGUGCAGCGCUCGUCUUAGUCGUCCGCUGAGGAGGCCUGGGGGGGUGUCGAUGAGGAAGGGAGCCGCUGCGCGAAUGCUGCCGAGGUCUAUCAGGCUAUACAAAUCGAGGUGGUCUUCACGAUGGAUGAAGUCCAGGCAUUGGCCACGAAACGACGGCCAAGCCCUAUCGGUGCUCCUGCUCUGCGCGUUUCCCAUCAGUCGGAUCAAACAGGAGCUUCUUUCCUAACCUCAACAACUGAACGUCAAAAACUG